UACAACUGAGCUAAUUUGAUCAACCGAUAAAUUCGACAGGACAAAACAAGAUAAGCCGAAGCAAAAGAGUAUUAGGUAGAAGUGUCGUGGCGCAAAUGCACAGCGAAAACGCCCAAUACAUUAUUGUUGUCGAUGAGGAAACAGUCAAGGUGAUUGCAUAAACGGUGCAAAUUAAAUAUUAACAGCAAAAAUAACAACAACAAAACAGUUACAUACAUUAAAAAAGUAUUCGAAUUCCUUUCGUAGGCCACUUUAAAUAUACAUAUGUAAACAUAUAAAAUUGAAUAAUUGUUAUUAUGUCUUGGAGAGUGCGUCGCUUUUUGAAACAAGUGCGUGAGAACAGAAGAGAAGGGUCAGAAAUUGAAAAGGAAGUAACAACAAAAAGGGUAUCAAUAAAUGACACACCUGAAUCAAAAUUUGAUAAUCAACUUAAGCCGCCGUUACCAACGACAGCAAAAAGUGUAACAAUAAAUGAGCCAACUGAAUCGAAAAAAGAUGAUACAUUUGAAAAGCUUAACGAGACGCAGACGUUUAACGAAGAUGAAUCCCAUAACCUUUUAUCUGCAUCCUCUGCAAGCAAUGAAGAAAGCUUUAAUGAUUUGAGAACAAGUUUCCAAAAUCGUUCCAGCCCUACAACUUCUACCAACGGGAAAUAUGUAAAUUGGGGCAGUAAGCAUACUGAGUUGGCAACACAGCCGUGGUGCUGCGUGGGUGAUUUAAUGUCUUUCUGCGACAAAUACGAGUACCGGACGCUUAGCCUUACCGAUACUCGUACUCACAAUAACAUUAUAGCUGAAGUCAAAGCUCUGUUGACUGUUGGUCAAGCUCCUUUUGAUUUUCGCAAACGAUUUCCGGGAAACAUCCAUAACCCCGAAAACCUGUGGGUCUGCAUAGGUCGUUGCGCUAGUGUGGAGUAUCAUUUGAAAAAAAUUCUGAGUGUGUUUCGUAAACCGCUUGUACAUCUGCCAGUGGAAAAGCAACGAACCGCAAGGCAAAAUUUCCAUUUGGCAAUAAAUGAAUUACGUUUGGAUAUAUCAGCGCGCAUCAGUGCGGUUCAACUCUACGAUCGAAAUGUAUUUGAACGAGAAUUUCAUUUACACUGGCAAGAUACGUAAAAAAAAAAAAUAUAUUUUGAACAAUGCUUUAAUUUGACUAAAACUUUUUAAUAAAUGA